UUCACGAAGAACAGUAGCAAGUUUUGAAAUCUGUGUGCUUGAGCAAAAUUGGGAGGAACAGUCCGCUCAUGACCCAGAACGUAAUCUUUGUUGUUGUGAUUGUUCUUGUACUUGGAUCGACAAGUAAGUAGCCAUUGAUCGGGCAACGAUUGGGUGCGGAUCCCUGAGGGAUGAAGAUUUUAACAUUGUGAUGGAGUACCGGGUGUUCUUUCGGUGAAAUCCACGCUUGUCUGACUUGUUUGUUGAAGCGAAGAUCUUGAGCAGGAUUAUGGAACCACCUCCGAGGUUGAAGCGAUCCGGAAUAUCUUCCUUGGCGAAUAAGUUCGAAUCUCCCGAGGUCAAAGAGGCUCGACGGAAACGAGAAGCUGAGGAUGUCAGAAAAGCCCUAGAAGUGGAGAAUGCCAAGCGAUUGAAAGCGGAGCAAGAACGAGCCAUCCUGGAUCAGGUCAAGAAAAAGGAACUGGAAGAGCGCUUAGCUCAGGAACAACUAGAAUUGGAACAACGCUUGGCGGAAGAGAGACAGGAAGAAGAGGACCGUUUGAAGCAGGAGGAAUCCCAACGGAGAAUUAUGGAGCGACGAAAACUAAUGGAGGAGGAGGAGGACAAGCUUUCGAGUUUGAAGCCGGCUGUGGCCCUGUUCCUGAGAAAUCAGCAGAACCUCAAAUCUCAAGAUGAGGUCACGGUCUCUAAGGCUGAAAAGAAGAGCCUGCUUUCUAACCACGGCGUCGUUGGUGACAUACAACGAAAACUCAUGCGAAAGAAAGAGGAGGCCCGCGACUUCGAGAAGGAACUGAAAGAGAUGACCGAGAAGGCUGUCCGGGAAGCCCACGACGAAGAAAACAAAGCCGCCGCUGCCCAAGCCAAUGCCAAGAAGAGCAAGAGCAGCGUCGAGAUCUACACAAAGGGGAAUUGCAAUCAUUUGAAAUCGAGCUUUGAAUCGCAGAUCGCUCUGAAGAAGAGCACAAUGAACAACCCCGGGGAUAACCUACCGACCCCUACCACGCGUCGCAAGUCCAUGCAACAAAGGAUCACACAAAGGUCAGGGAAUCUGCCCAACAUGUUCCAACAACAAGCCAAAAGGAACAAAGAGUUAGAGGAACAAAGGGGAGUCAAGGAUCGCAUUCCCAUUGACAAGAAGAUCUUCUCAAACUCCUUGAACAAGUUCGAAGACGAAGAUUCGCGGAAGGCUGCUAGAGGUCAGUUGCAAAAGUUCACCUUCAAGCAGAAGGAGAAAGAAAAGGCCUCCUGGAGUCAGAAGCAAGAACAAGCCAAAAUCCAAAAGGAAGAAGAGAAGAGGAGGAAGAAGAAGGAAGAAGAAGAGGCAGCAGAAGCUGUAAAGAGAAAGAAGAAGGAACAAGAGGAACAAGAAAGGCAAAGGAAGGAGGAGGAGGAAUUGGCUCGGAACAAUGAAAAAGCAGCAAAGGCCAAAUCCAAGCUGAAGCGAAGACCAAGUACCAAACGAGUUAAUCGGAAAGAGCUCAAGGAGAUCAUGGAACCCAAAGAUCUCCCUAAAAUCAUUCCACCCACGACUUCAGCCAUGAAACAGAAACUAGAAGAAACCAAAGGCAUUGGGACUCCAAAGAAACCGCAAACCAAGGUUGGUAAGCUUUCAAUCAAUUCGUUCCAAAAGCAGUUUUCAAACGACUCGUCCAAUCCGGCGUCGCCAAUUAGUCCUGGAGGAUCAAAACCCUUAGUCAUUCCAGCAAUGCAAAGGAACGCCCUGAGUGAUUUAAAAAAGAAGUUUGGAAGCUCUUCUCUGGUGGAUGCGACAAGUCUUAAAAAGAAUCAAAUUGAGAGAAACCAUGCAAAGCCCGAGAACAUUCCUGACUCGCCUGAAGAAGAAGAAAUGGAGUUUUUUGACGCGUCUGAGGAACCUCUUGUCGAAAUUCCAGAAGAGGUACCAGAGCAAAUCUUCCAGCAUGAAAAAGAAAAUUCUGAACCCCCAAGGGCUCAACCCAAGUCAAAAAAAUCCAAAGAGGAAAUGCAAAACUAUCUAAUCUCGAAGGUGCUCUUUGACAAUGUUGGAAAGACGUCCAAGCCGAAAAAGGACUCUAUUGAAGACCUGGUUGAUGACUCACCCGUCGAAGUUGAUCCCGAGUAUGUCAAAGAAAUGGAAAAGUAUUUGAGCCUCAUCGAUCAAACUCCCAAAAAGAAAACCAAGAAAAACAAAGAAAACUCCAAACUAAAGAAGGAGGCUGAGAAGCUCAAGGUUUUUGACGUGAAAAAUAUCAAAAACAAAUUUGAAAUGACUAAACAGCAAUCAAAAAGUUUUCAAACCCAAAAGAGUACCGACAAUCCUCCAAUUAUGCCAAUUGAUGCGAAGGUUGAUCGAUUCAAAAGCGUGUUUGAGGGGUCUAAUAAUGGUGUUCCUCGAGACGAUGAGCAACGUCCAACUCCUCCAAGAAGAAAAAUGAUCAGCAAUGAUCUAUUGAACAAAUUUGACGAUCCCGAGGCUGCUGCCAAGCUCAAGGAGAAGCGCCAAAUGGAUUUAGAAGAGAGGCGAAUGAAGCAAAUGAUAUUGUUUGAAGAGAAACGCAAGAGAGAAGAACAAGAUCGAAUCGAGGCUUUGCAGAGGGAAAAAGAGAGGAAGGAAAUACUUAGACGAGAAGAACUGAAAAGACAAGAAGAAGAGCGCCUUCAAAAACUCGAAAAGGAGCGAGAGAAGAAGGCCUUGGAGAAGGCCUUUGCAGAGGAGAGAGAGCGAAUCAAGGAGAGAAAGAAGAAAGAAGAAGAAGCCUUGAUCAAAAAGGAAAAGGAAGAGAAACAAAGGAAGAAGAACAAGGUUCUGAAUCGUAUCUCUCAUAUGUUCGAAAAGAACGAAGAAGCUCCUGAUGUCACAAAGAAUGAAGCUAUGGGUUCCAUCCGAGGUAUGGCUGAAGAGAUGUUUGCCACAAAGAGAAACCCCUCGGGUGGAAAAAGUAACGAAUUCAGGGAUCCAACACUCACUGGAGUAUCUUCAGUUCUAAGCAGAGUGAAACGGCAAUUGGAGGCCAAGGAGGAGACUCCAACCAUUUCUCGAGGCGUUGAAAAGCGAAAAGGUUGCAUUCCAGCUGCUAUGGCCUUUGAAAUCAAAGAGCAUCUAAUGACAACCGAGAAGGAACUCCAAGAGUCAAAGAUCAAAUCCCCAAAUCCCGAAGCCACCCAAUGGGCUUGGAAGUCCAAGAAACCUGAAGAGCUCCUGGUCAGAACAAACUCAACGGGGCCCAAUACAAAGCGUCAAGAGCGUUCCAAUAAAAGACCAGAGAGAACCAAACUGGACGAGGAAAAGCAAAAGUCACUUUUAGACGAUAUACAUGCGGUCACGGACAGGCUUAAGUUGAAGGAUGUCGAACGGGAUCAUAAUGAAAAGAUGAUGGAGUACGAGCAGUUCAUGGCUGACAUCCAGGACUAUUUGAAUGAACCCACGGAAGAUUUUGACGAGGCUGAUUAUAAGCAUGACAUUCAGGAGUACUUAGAAUAUCGAUUUGAUCGACAAGCCAAGAAGAGUCAACCCAAAGCUAAAGUGCCCAAUUUGGCACUCAAUAGUGUUGAAAAGGUCAAAUCAAGAUUAGAAAACAAUUCGCGAUUCACCAAAACAUCUCUCGUUGGACAAUCGAAGAGCAUUGGCAAUGUGAAAGAGCUUCAACAAAUGUUAUUGGAUCAAGAAGAGAGUGAAUUCGAACGGAAGCCAAAUCAUCUGGAAAACGUGUCCUCGGUUAAUAUGGAACGCGUGAAAAACGCCUUUGAAGAGAUGAACAAUGAUUUGAUAGAGUCCAGCGCGGCUCCUCGUUCCAAGGUAAGGGUCAAGAAGAAGAUAAUCGAGAUGCCAAGCUUGGAGACAUCCACCAUAGCUGAUAUGCCCCAGCCAAGUUAUCAGUGGAAAUACAAGCAGAAAAAUAUCGAGAGCCUUCAAAAGUUCUUGGAUACCAAUGCUCAUCUUGUUCCACAUUCAGUUGCCGACAAACUCGACGAAGUUCGAGCCAAUUUGGAUGAGGACAAUGAAGAUGACUUUGACAAGACUGAGGAUCUGAAAAUCGACGAGUAUUCGGAGUUUUUGGAAGAGGUUGAUCGCUUUUUAAGCGCUCCAGAUCGAUCCAAAACUGAAGGGGGCUUUAAAGCUGAGAUUGAGAAAUAUUUGGAUCUUAUCGAUGAACCCGAAAAGCCAAACAAGUCAAAUAUUGUUACCCCGAUUCAACGUGUAGGAAGCAUCAAAAGAAAGCCCAAGAAAAUGAACUUGAUCGAGUUUAACCCCAUCAAUCAAGUGGAACAGAAGAAAAUGAGUCCUACCAUUCAACGAGAUAACAAGCUGGUCGCUCAAUUACAAAGCAAACUCAUCCAAGAGUUUGAGAAAACUGAUCCAAAGGAUGAGAUUCACUUACCCACUGUGGAAACAAACACUUUGAAAAAGAACUUUGAAAAGCUCAGCCAGAAGGAGGAACCUUCAUUACUUGGAUCCCGAGAAAUCGUGCUUCAGCGAGGGUUGGAUCAUCUAACUUCGAAUCAAGACAGUCAAUCCCUAGAGGCCCUUAAAGCUGAAAGGGAGAAGGUCAAAUGGAGGUGGAAAGAAAAGCAAGUUCAAGACCUGAAAGACUUCAUCAAGUCUAAAGACAAGGCCAUCCCCGAACAGAUCAAGAAGAAGAAGGAGGAACAUGAAGAGCUGGAGAAAGAGCGAGAGCUCCGAGAAGUCCAAGCUAAGGCCGAAAACAACGUCAAUGAGAUCAAGAGGAUCCGCGAGGAAAAAGAAAAGGAUUUUGAAUCCUUCAUCAAUGAAGUCAAAGACUGCCUCAACAGUGAUCUUUAUGAACGGAGUGAGCAGAACGAGGAUCUUGAGAUCAAGACCGGUUUAAACAAUUUCGUUCAGCUCUUUGACCAGGAAACUAAGGUCCGAAGACCAGUCUUAAAAAGCCGACCAAAGAGCAUGGUCAUUGGAGAUGUAUGCGUGAGAAGAGAGCUUCUAAAGCAUCAAAUGAGAGAGGAUCAAUCACCAGAGUUGAACAAAAAGUCCUCCGACUUGUGGAAGGUUGGUCGUGUGGACACUUCGCCUUUCAUUAAGGGACCUGAGGACGACGAGGGCGAGGACGAAGAUGACGAGGACGAGGAAGACGAAGAACAUGGAAGCUCAUCUCUUCGACGUAAUGCGUCAUUUGGCAAUGCUUUAACAAGCGCCAGAAGAGAAGCCCUGGAGAACGCCUUUAGCCAGGAACGAGAGGAGAAACCGUUUUUGAGAUCCCGAGUGCCAAAGAAACUGAUCGAUACAUCCAUGUUCGAAAUGAAAGCCAAUGAACAAAAGCCCACGUUGACCGCCAAGGCCGUGUCAGAUUGGAAAUGGAAAAAGAAGAAUAUUCAAGAACUCCAGAGUUUUAUGGCCAAGAAUACCAAUUACAUGGACUCGAAAAGUUCUAUCUUGCAGAACGAGACCAUGAAGAGGGAACGAACGACAAGCGAGAACGACGAGGAUUUCAGCCAAGAUCGAGUUCAACGAGAAGCCGAUGAAAGUGAAGGUUUCCUCAAUGAAGUGAAUGAUUAUUUGAAUGCUCAGAACCGCUCUACAAAUGAGGACAAAUUCAAGGAGACAAUUCAGAUUUAUCUGGACCUGAUUGAGAAUAACGAUAAACCUACCGCUCCCAGAGAGCGCUCAAGAAGGUUUAAGGGGAGUAAGAAGCGAGUCACAAAUUUGAGAAAAUCCAUUAUUGAACAACAAGCAGAAAAAGCUCAUAAAGUCCAGCAGUCUCUUUCCGUAGGCAAGCUUAAUCUUGAUUUUGAUCCCUUGGAAUCCAAUACUAACUUUGAAAAGCAGUCACGGCCCAUUCCACAAGAUGGAAAAUAUUGUGGGCUGGUCAGGCAAAAGUUGGAACGUGAGGAUAGUGUGGAGUAUUCCAAACCCCUUCGUAAAGCUCCCAAGGCCAAAAUCAUUGAUGAUUCUCCUAAGUUGACUGACAACCCACCCAUCAAGAAACCGAUCAAGAAGUGGGUUCCAAGGCCAUCGAAUAGUUUUGACCAACUUGCAGAUCAAGCGAGUUCGACAAUCUCCCAAGCAAAUCCCCAAAAGUGGAGUUAUAAAGAGAAGGAAGCUGAAAGAAAGGCUGCCAUUUUGGCACGUUAUGGCCUUAAAGAAGGCUCUGAUGACGAUAACGUGUCUCUGAAUCUUGACUUUGACGAUGAUUUGGAAAUGCCCGAGGGUGUGCUCAACCACCUGCCGAAAGAAUAUGUCACCAUAGAGGAGCGUGGGAAACGGCUGACUUCGAAAGAUGACGGCUCAUUCGGGGCUCUCAAGAAUAUUAUGGGCUUGAUGAAGAAAGGCCAAGUCAAUCAGGCCUUCAAGAAAUCCAAGCAUGUAUUCUCCAGUGAAGAGAAAGGUCUCGACAGACUAGAUAGCGACGAAUCUGAGAUGGGUCCAAGAGCAUCCCAAGUCUUAUGCUCCAACAUCAGGGACAGAUUUGAAUCUGGGUCUGUGUUCCAAUCCCACAUGGAUGAGCAUGACGGGAUGUUGAAAUCCGCCGUCCCGAAAAGCAAGAGUUGUGCGAGCAUGCGCGCCAUGUUCGAGGAGGACACUUCACCCUCACCUGUUCCCACAAGACGAAUCCCAGGGGAGGUGAUGUCAUCUUCGGAUCGAGUUCGGCGGGCCCGAAAGUCACUGAUUGAUCCACAGGCGCGCAAUCAGGACUUGAAUAGGCAAUUCAGCUUGGGCGAGGAUGAGCGACCCGGGGAAAGCAGCAUGUCCUUGCGAGGAAAGUACGAGCGCAAUCUAUCCAUGACUGGCUGGGAUGGCAGCACUGAUAGCCUUUUAGGUGAAGGCCGACAACGACUCGGGUCUUCUUCCUUACAUAAAAGUUCGUCCUUCAACAAAUUCAGGGAUGCCUUCGAGACGGGAAAAGUCGAGGAUUUACAUCAUGAUGAGGAUGAGAACCAAGGCUCGGAAACACGGCCAACUGGCGUCCGAGCUGAAUUGGAGGCUCUGCGAUCAUGCGAUCGCAUCCAGAAGAUCAUGAGAAUAAAUAAACCUCGUGAGCAAUUGGAAAGAAGUCGACCCUCUUUAUCUCGAUCAAAAACAACGGCGUGCGUCGAUCUGGAUGAGGAGACCCUGGAAGAAGUGUCUCGAUCCAAAUCAGCAAUCAGAAAUAUGUUCGAGGCGCAAGGACCUAAAAUCAGAUUUGGAGGAGGAGCAUCGAAGUCCCCACAAAACCAUGAACGGGGUGUGGAAAAGUCCAGCAGUGCCGAUAAUUCGAGUCAAGGAGCAAAGCCCAAGAAAUCCGGCUUUAGAGGCCUGAAUCAAGAGAAAGAGCAAUUCAAGGAAAGAAAGUGGGUCUUCGACACCAUCAACAAAUACUUUGAUGUCAUCAAAGAGGACAAGGAAGCCGAAGACGAUGAAGAAGAUGAGGAGACAACAAACAUGUCCUCGGCAUUCUCGUCCCAACUCUCACUGAACUCGCCCAUGGGCUCAUCAUCUAACCUGACGGGAUCCAAAUGGGGCGGAGGAUAUUCACCUAAUUAUUAUCCUAGUCCUAGUGGAUCUAGUCUUCAAGUGCCCCCAGAGAGGAGCUCAUUCACACCCGGGAUGAAGUCCUCAAGUUCCUUGGAACCGUCCCACCCCUUGACCCAACCCCCGAGUCCACCUUCAAGGAGAUCGUCCCUUCGAAAGAACCUCAAUUCCACACCCUAUCAAUUACGGUCCUCGAAGUCUUUUGGACCCGACUCGAACCCCUACCUCCGAGGUAGUAAUACUUCUCUUAAUAGUAUGGGCAGUUCUACUUCCCUGAAUAUGGUCUCCCGAUCACCGUCGCACGCUAAACUCAAAGGCAUGUUAGAACAGGUCAUGAAAUCGAAACCCGACAUGAACUUGGACGUGUUCAAGCAGAAUCUCAAGGCCCAUUUGGAUCAUCAUUCUCGAGAAAACUUGUCAGAACAACAACCAUCGCCAUCUCGAUUCACUCGAAGUCCAUCGUGGCAAAAUGACGAUCCUGAGGAGGAAAAUUCCAAAUACUUUGUUGUUCCUUUGUAAUUUGAAAUGGCUAUGGAAAUAAACGACAAAACGCUUACUUUUCUGAC